GAGAUAUCAUUGUGUUCUGCACACAGAGAGGAGGUCCGAAUGAAACUCUCUAAGCUUCUUACAUCCAAACAACUAUCUCCUAUACCUUCAUCUUCUUCCCAUCACAACCAGCAACCAAUCCAAUCACUAACAACACUCUUCAAAACAGGCUUCAACCCGACCCACAAAGACUACACCAACUUCCUCCUUCAUCUCCUCAAAUCCCAAAAGUUUCGUUUCAUCACACACUUCAUAUCCCAAUUAACCUCAAACCAAAUCGAACAACACCACAUCUUCAGCUCAAUCUUCACAAAAUCACUUCUAAAUCAUCAAAUUCAUGAAAAAGCUCUCACCUUUAUCAAUACCCACAUGGAAAAAACCCCAAUUGUUGUCCAAAAUCGGAUCUUGGAUGCAUUAAUUCAAGCUUUCUGCAUCAAUGAGCAAGACCCAGAAAGGGGUUUAUCAAUCUUGCAACAUUUCUUGAAAAAAGAUGGUAUUUUUCCUUCAAGUUUUACUUUUUGUGCAUUGAUUAGGGCUUUUUGUUUGAAGGGUGAGAUGGAUAGAGCAAUGGAGGUUGUGGGGAUGAUGAGUGAUGAGAAAUUUAAGUACCCUUUUGAUAGUUUUGUGAUUAGUUGUGUUGUUUCUGGGUUUGUUAGUAUUGGGAAGAAUGAGCUUGCUUUAGGGUUUUAUGAGAAUGUUGUAAGUUCUGGUGGUGUAAAGAUGAAUGUUGUUGCCUAUACUUGUGUUCUGAGUGCUUAUUGUAGGUUAAAAAGAUUCGAAAAGGUUUGUGAUUUAGGAUGUGAGAUUGAGAAGGGUGGGUUAGCGUUCGAUGUUGUGUUUUAUGGGUGUUUGGUUCAUGAGUAUUUUAAGGCGGGGAUGGUUGUUUCGGCGUUGGAAAAGCAUAGAGAAAUGGUUGAAAGGAAGAUAGAACCGGAUACGGUUAGUUACACGAUACUUGUCGACGGUUUUUCGAAGGAAGGACUUGUGGAAAAGGGUGUGGGAUUUUUGCAUAAAAUGAGGAAAGAAGGGGUUGAACCGAAUUUGAUCACGUAUACAUCGAUCAUGUUGGGAUUUUGCAAGAAAGGUAAAUUAGAAGAGGCGUUAAACGUGUUCAAGAUUGUUGAGGAUUUGGGGAUGAAAGCAGAUGAAUUUGUGUAUGCUACAUUGAUCGAUGGUUUUUGUCGGAUACGUGAUUUUGAUAAUGUGUUUCGGUUGCUUGAUGGAAUGAAUGAAAAGGGUGUUCAUCCAAGUGUUGUCACUUAUAACACGAUAAUCAACGGUUUGUGUAAAUCCGGGAGGACGACUGAGGCGUGCGAGAUUUCAAAAAAUGUCGAUGGAGAUGUGAUUACGUAUAGUACAUUGUUACAUGGGUAUAUCAAAGAAAAAGAUUCUACGGGGUUGUUAAUGACUAAAAAAAGACUCGAAGAAGCCGGAAUUCAAAUGGAUGUUAUUAUGUGCAACGUGCUUAUCAAAGCAUUAUUUAUGGUAGGAUCGUUUGAGGACGUAUAUGUAAUUUACAAGGGCAUGUCCGAGAUGGGUUUGGUUCCAAAUCAUGUUACUUAUUGUACUUUGAUUGACGGGUAUUGUAAAUUCGGUAGAAUCGAGGAUGCGCUCGAGAUAUUCGAUGAGUUUCGAAUGACAUCAACAGAUUCCGUAGCGUGUUACAAUUGCAUCAUCGAUGGCCUCUGCAAGAGGAAUAUGAUUGAUAUAGCUAUUCAAGUGUUUAUAGAGCUUAAUGAAACAGGUAUGCCUCUAGACCUUGGUAUUUGUAGAAUUUUACUAAAGUCGAUUUCAAGAACGAUGGGCCCAGAAGGGAUUUUGGAUUUUGUUUCGAAAAUUGAAAAACUGGACCGCGAAAUUCUUCAUAUAAUAUGCAAUGAUGCUCUUUGUUUCCUAUGUGAUGAAGGCUUUUUCGAAUCCGCUAGUGACUUGUACACUUUUAUGAGGAAAAAUGGAUUUGUUUUGACCGUAAAGUCUUAUAAUUCACUCUUGGAAAUGCUUUUUAAGGAUCGAAAAACGUGUCUUGCCAAGAUUUGUUUAAGUGAUUUUGUGAAGGAAAUUGGAUUUUUUGAACCUAGAGUAAGCAAGAUCAUCUUAGAUCACUUGUGUAUGAAAGACGUACGACUUGCAAUCAAAUAUCUUGAAUCAAAAAUGGCUAAAACACAAAAGCUUACUUUCCCGGUUUCCGUUCUUGAGAAACUAAUAAAGAACGGUAGGGCCUGUGAUGCAUUUAAACUUUUGAUGGGAUCAAAAGAAAGAUUACCCUUCAUGGAUGUUGUUGAUUACACCAUAGUUGUAGACGGUUUGUGUAAAGGAGGACAUAUCGGUAAAGCUUUAGAGGUAUGCACUUUAGCUAAAAAUUACGGAAUUACCCUCAACAUCAUAACUUAUAAUUCAAUCAUCAACGGGUUAUGCCAUCAAGGAUGUUUCAUCGAAGCAUUUAGACUAUUUGAUUCGCUAGAAAAUAUUAACGUGAUCCCGUCAGAGAUCACAUACUCUAUACUUAUAGAUUCUUUAAGCAAAGAAGGCUAUCUUCUUGACGCUAAGAACAUUUUCGAAAGAAUGGUUUCGAAGAAUUUGAAGCCAAAUAUUCGCGUUUACAAUUCGUUGAUUAACGGUUAUAGUAAGAUCGGAAGCUUGUCGGAAGUUUUGAAGAUUGUAGAUGAUUUAGAUGAAAAAGGCAUCAAACCAGAUGAAUUUACGGUUAGUGUUGUGAUUAAUAGUUUUUGUAAGAGCGGUAAUAUGGAAGGGGCUCUCGAGUAUUAUUUCGAUUCGAAAACGAACGGUUUUUCGCCAGAUUUAUUGGGCUAUUUUUAUUUAAUAAGAGGGUUAUGUUCAAAGGGUAGAAUGGAAGAAUCUAGAAGCAUCUUACGGGAUACGCUUCAAAAUGAAAAAGUUGUUGACAUGCUAAAGAAGGUUGACACGGGGGAAGAAACCGAGUCGGUUGACCGUUUUCUUGAUUCUUUAUGUGACCGGGGAAAUAUUCGGGAAGCCGUUAUGAUUCUUGAUGAAGUUGUUCGGAUGUUUUUUCCUGUUGGGAAAAAGGUUGAUGAGACAGAGGUUCGUGCUGUUGGAUCUGAGCCGUUGAUUUUAGAUCGUGAAGGUGAUGUGGUGUCUGAUGAUUUUGAUGCUUAUUAUGGCCUACUUGCAUCACUUUGUUCGAAAGGGGAGUUAACGAAGGCGAAUAAAGUUGCAAAAUUACUUACCGGUUUCGAUGGUGGAUGAGUAGUCAAAUAUGUCGUUUUCUUCUUGUCCCUUGGUGCAUCUGCAGGAACUCACCAGUGCAUGAAAUCCAUAAUGCAGUGGAGUUGCUUCGGCAUGGUGAAUUGACUAUUUUAACCCCCCCCCCCCUCCUCCCCGGAAGCUAUUUUCAAGACUCGGGUCCUAAAUGCUCUUGGAACAGGACCUUACAGAUACAUAUCAUUCGCUUUGUGCCGUCUAUUCCAAAAAUAACUUCAUUUAUAACUCAAAAAUCAUUUCCAAGAUGUUGAUUAUUAAGAUAAAAUCAUUAAUUAACUACACUUAAUAUGCCAUGAUAUUAAGUUGGAUUUAAGAGUUUAAGUAGCUUUAAAGUCUUGGAAAAUUAUUUAUAAAAUAUCUAUAUAUAACUAUAUAAAGGAAAUCUAAUGGACAAUAUUGUAAUUUGAUCAGGGGUACACAUUUUUAAGAAGCAUGUACAAGCGACUGCAAGCUGGUAGAAGAGGAAGUUCAUCAGACUUUUAAGACACUUCAGGGGCAGGCUAGGGAUUUCACCCAUGAACCCUAAUAUCCAAUUAUAAAUGAAUCGUUUUGCAAUUGAGACGUGAAGAUAGAAAGGCAGAUUGAAUGCGAAUAAUGAUGGGAGUUUCCAGGUUGCAGAUGAAGCAUCAUGUGUUUCAAUUUCAUCUUAAGUUCAUCAUGGUUGAAACACACAAGACGCAUCUCCCCAAUUUUGAAUUCCGGAGCGACACGACCAUACAUUUACAAAUACAAUGGCUACAGCCCGGUAGCAAGGAGUAGAGUUUGUUGACAAUUUAAACUCAAAAUUAAUUACUUGAUUUUGGUCUAAUUGCAGAAGGUUCAUGAGAGGAGUCUGAAGAGAGACAUACAUACUUACUGGGAUGUUGUCUCGUAUUUUAGUAGAAACGCCAGAUAUCCGAAUGGAAUGGUUACAAAGAUGGAAAACUUUUGUUAGAGAGAUGUGAUAAGCUGCUACAUAGCAUAGCGGAGAUGAAUAACGCCUCCUCCGCCACCGAGUCACCGCUGAGUUCAGCCGCAGUUUUACCGAGUCCAGUGUCGGUUCUUGACCCGGGAUUUGACAAGGACGAGUCAUCCUCUCCUUGAUACAGCAUUGAUAACCAAAAAAAGUAAAAAAAAAACAAACUUUGAUUGUGUUGUUCACAUGAUACAACAGUUGUCAGUUGGUUACAGUGGUUGAUCAAAAUUAAGACACUGCCAUUGAGCCAUAAUUUUUGUUUUAUUUACUAUCAUAUCUGCCUGCCAUUGAGGCAUCAAAACAAAUUCUUACAGCGUCUGGAUAUAAUGAGUGCGUUCAAUUUUUGGAAAAUCAAAACAAAGGGGUAUGUAUGUUAACACACCCACAUCCUUGUUUUCUACGUCAUCAAACGGUCGUUUGAAAUUCAGAAGGAGGCCCAUGUUUUAACUUCUGCAGUUAAAAUGGCUCUUGCUAGGCUGCUUAUCAGGUGUGGUUUCUGCUGGGCUUCACUUUUUUAAGGCUAAAUUGUUUGGCCUUACUUAACAGGUGGUUUGGUUUGGUUUAGUUUAUGUUUCCUGAAAAACGUUACAAGUUGACAAUUUGCAAUCAAAAUGAAAACGAGUUAAUGUGUCAAUUAAUGGGUCAUAAAGAUCGACCUUGUACAAAUACUUUUCUAAUUUACUUUUGAACGGGCUAACAAAUCGACAUGUUUUAAUUAAACAUGUUAAAAAUGUCAAAUCGACACCAUAUGUUUAUUAUUAACUUGCCCUCGCUUCCCUAUUCUAUUUGAGGUUUGUAAGUUGGUUGCAGUUUAUGGAUAUUGAUUUAUUUCAUAAUGGUGGAUUUUAGUUAGUAAUCUUGAAUGUUAUUAUUAUGCAGUUUUAUAGGUUGUGUAAGUUGAGUAAAGCUAUGCAUAUUAUGGAGAAGUUGAAGUUUCAAAUGAAGUCAGCGGAACUUAUGAAGAAGAGCGGUGUGGCCAAAAAAAACGCGCCGGCAUCCCUACUAGAGUCAAAUCCAGUUCUGGAAGCCUUUGGGAAUGCGAAAACGGUGGUUGGGCAUUAACCAACACAACAGUGAAACCCGAUCCAGCUUUCGCUCCCUCCGCUCCGUUGGGUAGGAAUAAGAGUCAUUAAUGGCUUUCGAGAUGAGGCAGCCAGCCACUCUUCCUGGGUAAUGCGCCCAAGCCAAAUUAAAAGCCCGUCAAAGGCAUAUGAAAUCAUGCAAAGGAUCCGAGCCCAUCCAAAUGAUGUUCAGCCGUCCACGAGGCUGUAAAAAGAGAGAAAGGGGCGGCUAUCUAGCGGGAGUCGUUUCGGUUGUAUGCCACGAGGUCCCUAUGGACAAGGGGACAAGUGAAUCAUCGCUUUUGGGCGCAGGCAGCCCUCUACCAUCUAUCCCAUUGCAUUCCAUUGUCUCGUAUUGUACUGUACCGUAUCAGACCAGAUACAUCUAUUGAGUGAGAGAAAGAUUCCCGGAUUGAUUGUCCCUACCUAACUACAUGGUAGUGGUCUAGGGAGCGCAAUUGCUAGAGCACGGGAGAAUGAAGAGUAAUGAUUUCAGCAAGAGCAGCCGGACGGACUACUAUAGUGAGUCUAGUGACUACUAGAGUAGAGUUAAGUCAAAAGGUAUGGUAUAGCAGCCUUUCCGAGCGAGCCUCUGGGAUCUCCUGUAAACCCCCAUGAUGUGGUAAAGGGAGGAUAUUAGGGGAAGCAGUGAGUGGAGAUUCCCCUGCAGAGAGCCGGAUGAGGGGAGACCCUCACGUCCGGUUCGGAGGGCGGGGAUAUCCCGACCCUACUAUCAUUAUGCCUUUGCAAUGUUACUUGGUUCAACUCUAUUUGUGACCUUUUCUCGUAUGUGGGACUCUCUAUCUUCUUGGGUAGAUAAUCGAUCGUCUUUCAUUUGGAUAGUGAGUUGUUUUUAUAAUAAGUCAAGUCAAGAAUCAUAAUCGAACUGGAGGAGCUUGCCAGGAUGGCUUGGUAAGCAAGCAAGCAGUUAUGUAGGCGCCAACUCCCAGUUCUUUCUCUUCUUUCUUUUUUUCUCGGAAGAAUAGAGAUCCGUUCGCAACAAGGUAGCCAUAGGGAGAACCUGUGGCUGGAUUGAAUCCUAUGCCCUCAAGUUCUUCAAGUCCGGAUUCAUGGAUAAGCCUUCAGCUAAGAGAAGGAGAAAUGCUAUAAGUCAAAGUCAACUUCGUUCACCACUACGUUCUUUCACCCCUGAAAGCUAAGAUGUGGAAUAGCGCUAGCUAACAAGUAAACGAGUGAAUCUUGCGUAAGUGAACGGAAGCAUGUUCGAGCUAAGCAAGUAAACUACUUCUCUUCGUUGCAAAGAUGCCAAAAAAGAUUCACUUUAGCUUCUAGCUCGCUUAGUGUAGGUUGCUUGCAAUCCUGACAUCCCGAGUUACAGUUUGGGGGAUUGAUUACGUGGCUGAAUAACAACAAUUCCAGAGAUCCAAUUCGACAAGCAAGGGAAGAUAUCCGGUUAGAACUUACCUUCUAGAAUAGAAAGAUCACGAGUUUGCCAAGUGUCGGAUCCUGAAAGGAACUACCAUUGUUUUUACAUGCUCUGUGCAGCACCCCCUGAGACUAAUUGCUAUGAAGUAGAGAAUAUAGACGAUGGAAGAGAGUAUUUGGAAACACAAAAUGCUAUGGAUGUUGUGGGAAUCAACCAAGAUGAGCAGCUGCGAUUCUUCAUCAAUUGAGUCGUGAUGCAUUGGCAAAAACAGUUUAUUCUAGACUCUGUGAUUGGAUCGUGGACAAGUUAAAUAAUUCAAUUGGCCAGUUCAGCCGGCUGCACAGCCGACAGCUGCAACACACCUUCAGAUUCUACUCGCAGCAGUGGCGGACAUGGGCGGCGUGUUUCAUUCAGGCCGCUUGGCGGAGACAUUGCAAGCGGCAUAAGGAGGAGCUAGAGAUGGAACUCGCUGGCGGUGAUGGGGAUGGAGGUUCUCGCAGUCUUGGGACUACCUUCUUGGUGUCGAAAUUCGCGGCCAAUGCUCUACGUGGGGUCCACUGGAACCCGAAUGUGAAGACCGGUAGAGAAUUGGUUAAUUUACCGAAACCACCGGAGCCGGAUUUUACUGCUGAUGCUGAUUAGUUUUGGUUGUUGAUACUUGUUCACAUGUGAAAGGUGUUAGGUAAUUUUUUGCUUUAACUAAUGGUGGUGGUGUAUACAACAUUACUGUUGUACCUUAUUGAGAUUAAAAAGGUCAGUUAUUUUU